CUCCCCCUUUUUCUCCGUUCCCUCUCCCCUUCUACUCUUGCUGUCUCCCUCCCUUCUCCCCUCCUUCUCUCUCUCCUCCUCUCUCUCUCUCUCUCUCCUUGCUCUAGCACUGCAGUGCUGAUUGUGAUUGCACACACACUCACACACACACACACACACUCACACAAGCGCACACACACGCACACACAGGAGCAUAGCUGAGCGGCAAGGACUGCAGCAGCAUGCACCAACCGCGGCUGAGCUGUGCAGGGACAUGAGGAAGGGGAACUGAGGAGAGAAGAGAAUCUGCUAUUUUGGCACCAGCACACAGGCUGCUGUGCAUCUGGUGUGAGCAUCUUUGCAGCAGUGGGGAUGAUGCAUUUCAAGAGCGGAUAGCUUAUGUUAUCCGGCCUGCUCUGCACUCUGCAUCCCAUUCACCCUGCUCCUCCCACUCCAACUCUUCCUCCUCCUCCUGUAUAAAGCGUCGUUAGACAGGACUACUGAUUGACCAGGAGUGGAGAGUGGUGGAUGGUCAGGUUUUUUUUUUUUGCUCUGGCUGAAAGAUUGCUCUGUGGUUUAUGCUACAUCUACACCUCCACUGAUGGCUGGAUUGUAAUUGACAUUUGGAGCUUCAAAGACACCCACAGCCCUCAAGGAAUCUUGGAUGUGUGUCAUUCUUUACCACUGUUGUCACUGGCGCAUUUCCUCUCUUUUUGCUGGUUGCCUUUGCUUUUCUGUGAGACUGGCUAGCAGGCACUGCAGCAUCAGGACUGCAAGACCCAUGAAGUAGUAGGGCAUAAGGACCCAGGGGUGACCCAGCGGAAGGGUUUGAGUGCUUCCAUUGCUACCACUGCUGCUGAGGUGCUUAUCUUGAUUUUUUUUUUUUUUCCUCCAGAAAAGGGUGUCUGGUGGGGGUUGGGGAGGGUGGUGACAGCACAGGUACCCAGGCCCCUGCAGAGCAGAGCGGGUGGCUCUUGCGUAGAGGAGGCAGGCAGGACGUCCUGUGGGAAAGAAGGGCUGGCUCAAGCCUUGGGCUCCUGAUGGUGGCUAUUUUUGUCUCCCCUAGCUGAGUGAUUGGGACAGCGGGUGGAAGAGAAGAUGCUGAUGGCCCGAGACACAGCGCGGGAUGAGGCUCAGAAGCUACACAGGAAGUGGCUGAAGCACCAGGCCUUUAUGGCAGAACUGGCCCGCAAUAAGGAAUGGCUGGCCAAGAUAGAACAGGAGGGUCAGGAGCUGAUCCAGGAGAAGCCAGAGCUGCGCUCCGUGGUUCAGCAGAAGCUCGUGGAGAUCCGAGAGUGCUGGUCCGACCUGGAGAGCACCACCAAGGCCAAGGCCCGCCAGCUCUUUGAAAACAACAAGCCCGAGCCGGCAGUGAAGAGCUACUCUGACCUCGACCACCAGCUCUCCCACCUGGAGCGGCAGCCGCCUCAGCUGGAGCAGGCUCAUCAUCUGCCCACCUUCAAUGAGCAGCUCCAGAAAUUCCAGGCUAUGGAGUCUCAGAUAGGGGACUUUUACAAGGAUGUGGGAGAGCUGGGCAGCUUGCAGGGGGUCUGCCUUCCUCAGCGGGGCCUGAUGGCAGGUGAGAAGGAAAGCAGCGAGCAGUCGGGCAUGGUCGAGACGCGCAUCGUCCGACUCAUUGAGCCCCUGAAGGAGAGACGCCGCAUCCUGUUGGCUUCCAAAGAAAUGCACCAAGUCGCUCAGGACCUGGAAGAUGAGAUACUGUGGAUUCAGGAAAGGCUUCCCUUGGCUUACUGUAAGGACUAUGGGAAUAACCUCCAGGGUGUACAGCAGCAUGUAAAAAAGAACCAGACCCUCCAGAGGGAGCUGACAGGGCGGCGGGCUCGCGUUGAAGAGGUUCUGGACCGGGCGGGUAUUAUCGCUUCCCUGAGGACUCCCGAGGUGGAGUUUGUGCGUGAAGGGGCGGGACACGUGCGCCAGCUGUGGGAGGUUUUGCAGCUGGAGACAGAACGGAGGUCUGUGAUGCUGGAUGCUACGCUACAGGCUCAGCAGUACUACAGUGAGGCAGCUAAAGUGGAAACCUGGCUGUCGGGUCAGAAGCUCCAACUUGCCAGUGAAGAAAAAGGCACGGAUGAGUCGAGCACUCUGCAGCUGCUGAAGGCCCACGUGGCUCUGGAGCAAACGGUGGAAACGUACGCCGAGACAGUUGGCAUGUUAUCCCAGCAAUGCCAGCACCUGCUGGAAAUGGGUCACCCAGAAAGUGAGCAGCUCACCAAGCAGCAGUCCCACAUAGACCGGCUGUAUGUGUCCCUCAAGGACAUGGUGGAGCACAGGAAGACCAAGCUGGAGCAGCAGUACUGGCUCUAUCAGCUCAACAAGGAGGUGGAGGAGUUGGAGAAGUGGAUCACGGAUCGCGAGACCGUGGCCAGUUCCACCGAGCUGGGUCAGGACCUUGAGGAUGUCACGGUGCUUCAAGAGAGGUUCACAAAGUUUGCCUCAGAGACCAACAACGUUGGCCAGCAGCGCAUGGAGCAGGUGAACAAAAUGGUGAACGAGAUGAUCGACUGCGGCCACACCGACGCGGCCACCAUCGCCGAGUGGAAGGACGGCCUGAAUGAGUCGUGGGCUGACCUCCUGGAGCUGAUGGAGACUCGCAGGCAGAUGCUGGCGGCGUCACACCAGCUGCACAGGUUCUUCACCGACUGCAAAGAGGUCUUGGCUCAGAUCGCAGGGAAGAUGAAGCAGCUGCCAGAGGUGAGAGCGUGCCAGGCCAACAUCACCAAUCCAGCCACCCUGCAGAGACUCAUGCACUCCUUUGAGCAUGCCCUUCAACUGCUCGUUGCACAGGUGAGGCAGCUGCAGGAGAACGCUGCCCAGCUGAGGACCAUCUACGCUGGCGAGAAGGCCGAGGCCAUCAUGGUCAAAGAGCAGGAGGUGAUGGAGGCGUGGAAAGCGCUGCUGAGCUCCUGCGAGUCUAGUCGCAUCCAGGUUACUUCAGUGACCGACAAGGUGCAGUUCUUCUCGGUGGUGCGUGAAAACCUGAUGUGGAUGGAAGGCAUCAUGGGCCAGAUAGGCUGGGAUGAGCCAAGGGAUUUGACAGCUCUGGAGGUGAUGAUGAGGCAACACCAAGAGAUGAAAGCCAAAAUAGAUGGCCGCAACAAGACCAUACAGCAAUGUGCAGAUCUGGGCAAGAUCCUGAUAGCUGCAGGAAACCCUGCAUCCGAAGAGAUUAAAGAGAAGCUGGACAGCCUUCUGUCUAAGCAGAAGGAUCUGGUCGAAAAAUGGGACAAACACCAGGAAAGGUUGCAACGCAAGCAGGAACAGUUCCAGUUUGCCCAGGAGACAGUCAAGGCAGAGGCCUGGCUGAAAGCCAAGGAGCCACUGAUCACCUCCAAGGAGCCAGAAGGAGGGGGGGCCCAGGCCCAAACAGACGAGGCAGAGCAGCUCAUCCUUCGCCACGAGGCCUUCCGCAAGGCUGCCGUAACCUGGAAAGAACGUUUCAGCUCCCUCCGUCAGCUUUCCGCAGCUGAGAAGAAAAAAGAGGAGGAGAAGAAGACAACCCCACUCUCCAGUCGAAGGAUGUUCCCAUUAUCUUGUUUGACUCCAAACGUUGCCUCAACCAGUGCUACCUCACCUUUCCUGAGGCAGACAAUAAAGGGGCAUAUAGAAAACAAACCAUCACAGACCUGUCUGGAUCUGGGUGCCACCCCUGCUUCCCAGAGAUUGUCCUCAGCCCUUGCCAGCUACAAUCCAGUUAUAAAUGGAUCGGGCUACCACGGACUGGAACAGCAAAACAGUGGGAAGUUAAUGAGCUCCUCAUACCUUGGGAUGAACCACCAGGCGGCUGGAGGUGGAAGUGACUCUGGUUACUCAGCGUUGACCUCUCAGAGUGGUGGAGCAGAUACUUCGACUUACCUUGGGAUAAACCAUCAAACUGUUGGUAGUGCAGAAAGUUCUGGGUACUUUGGACUAACUUCUGGGUGUGUGGGGAAUAUGCAAAACCAUCUAAGUAGUGGCAGAUUAGGAAGUUCGGGUAACAUAGCGCAACAGACAAGCAGUGGAGGUUUGGGAAAUCCUAGCUUUCUCCCUCAACAGAAUAUGGGCAGUUCGGGAUAUUUGGCACAACAGCCUAAUAUUGGGAGUUCUGGGUAUUUGGCACAGCAGUGUAACAUGGGGAGUUCUGGGUAUUUGGCACAACAGUCUAACAUGGGGAGCUCUGGGUAUUUGGCACAGCAGUCCAACAUGGGGAGUUCCGGGUAUUUGGCACAACAGCCUAAUAUGGGGAGUUCUGGUUACUUGGCACAACAGCCUAAUACGGGGAGUUCUGCGUAUUUGGCACAACAGCCUAAUACGGGGAGUUCUGGGUAUCUGGCACAACAGCCUAAUGCGGGGAGUUCUGGGUAUCUGGCACCACAGCCUAAUAUGGGGAGUUCUGGGUAUUUGGCACAGCAGCCUAACAUGGGGAGUUCUGGAUACCUAGCACAGAAUUAUCAGAGCACUGGGGGAUUAGGUAGCUCAGGCUUUCUAGCACAAAAUAAUUACAGCAGUGGAAGUCUGGGUAGUUCUGGUUUCUUAGCUCAGAGUGGUGGCAUCAUGGACCCUAAAAUGGCAUAUGCAUGGCAGCACCUAAAAGCUGACUUCAUGCAGCCCAGGAUCAACCACAUCCACAAGGCCGUAAAUCCUCUCCUUGAAGCCAGCAGAGUGCAACGGGAACAGUAUGGUGACAUCCCAAUGGCAGACAUGAUGGGGCCAGAGUCUGGGCUGGAGCUCCUUCACGGUAGACUCCAAAGGGAUCCCCGCGGCAGCCGCUCUGACCCUCAGAUGGACCAUCUGAGGCGAGAGAGGGAGUACAAGCUGGGUAGACAGACCUCCAGUGAGCAGGAGAUCCAGGCCAGGCUGAACGAGCUGCCAAUGAUUGUGCGUCAGGAGCGUUACCGGAGACGCCUGGAGAGGCAGUCGUCCAGUGAACAGGAGGCGCAAACAGGAAGCGGCAAACAGAAGCUACAGAGACAGGACUCGAGUGACUUAGAGGGCUCCGUUAAAGAGGGCUCUGACAAACGCUCAGGGGAGAAGAGAUCUACCAUGGCAGAGAUUGUAGAACAAGUCCAGGAGAGAGAGGCAGCACAGGCACGAGGAGAGCCUUAUCGCCCUCCCAGCAGCCUCUCGGCACCUGUGACUCGUUUCGACGGACGGCCCCGUGCCCGAGACCGUCCAAAACCGAGAAGGAGGCCCCGUCCAAAAGAGCCUGAGGAGACACGGCGCUCUCGCUCAGCCCCAGCAACUGGAGCCCCAACGACUCCCCAGCCGCCUUCCCUCACUGCCCAUAAUGAAGGAUUCCUCUACCGCAAAAAGGCCACCAGUGCUGACCUAGAUGGUCAACAGAAGAGCCCCAACAGUAAGUCGUGGGUCAAUGUAUACUGUGUGCUGAAAGAGGGAACGCUGACCUUCUACAAGGACGCCAGGAACCACAAGACGACGUACAACGAAGAGCCAUCCGUUGAACUCCGUGACUGCUCAUUUGAUCCUUCACUGGGAUACAAGAAGAAGAAAAAUGUUUUUAUUCUCCAAAUAAACGAUGGAAACUUCUUUGUAUUCCAUGCGAAAGAUGAGGAAGACAUGAAGGCCUGGACUUCAAACAUCUCCUCCUGUAUAUCCGAGUAUGACGACAUGGCCAAGUGGGACAAGCCUGGGACCUCGUCCAUGGACCCUGACCACUCGGAGAGGAAGGAGAAGUCGGAGGGCGACGCGGACGCCAGGUCAGAGAGGUCUGAGCUGGCCGAAGGGGAGGAGAGGUCUGAGAAGGAGAGGUCAGAGAAAGGGGAUGGCUCUGAGAAGCUAGACACAUCAGAAAUCGCAGACAAGAUGGAGGGCGGGGCUGGGGGCUCCAGCACGUCUGGAAAAAGCAAAUGAGGAGCCCCCUUUGUCGUUUUAAAUUUACUCACUGACAGAGGGCUUGGGAGGCAGU